AAAAAAGAAGAAGAAGAAAAAUUGAAGGGUUUGGAUGAGGAGAAAAGAAGGGAGUUGAGGUUUUUUGUUUGAUUUGGUAUAAAUAGGAGGAAACUGGUGAAUUGAAGGGGGGGUUCUCUUGGUUUUUGAGUGUGGUGUUGACGGUGGACUAAAAGAUUGUUUUUCUAUUGAAAGGAGAUUGGUGUUUGAGAAAGGAGAUUCACGAGUUGCAAGAGGUAUAGCUUUGAACAGAGGAUUUUUGUUAGGAAAAUGGUCAAGGAGAUGGUGGAAGCUUGAUCCCAUGGAUGGGAUUCCUUCCAUCAGAUCCAGAUAUGUUUUUCUUUCAAAAAUCCACCAUGCUUGUUUUGAUCUUUCAAUGGAUGUUUGUUUUUUUUGUAGAUCUGAUGUUAAAAUUCUGUAUGUUCGUUGAAAAAUGAAUGAAUGAAAAAAAAAAAAGUCCAGUUUAUUUCUUGAUUAAUAUGUUCAUCUUUUUGCUGGAAAUGAGAAACAUCAUGUACUUCCACUGUUUCGAGAGUCUAGGACUAGAUCCAGCAUUGUUGCAGAAGUAUGAUGGUCCUAUCUAUGGUUUCAAUAACCAACCUAUUCUAGUAGAAGGAGUUCUUACCCUCCAUGUGGCUUUUGGGAGGGGUAGAACCUAUGUGACCCUGUCGGUCUGGUUUCUUGUAGUCAAGAUGGCGUCCUCCUUCAACAUUGUUAUUGGCCGACCCACGUUGACUGAAAUCCGAGCUGUGGUUUCCCAGUCUCACCUCUGUAUGAAGUUCCCAACUCCCAUGGGAAUAGCAACACUGCGAGGAAACCAGGAGGUGGCCAGGCAUUGUUAUAUCACCUCGGUAACACAACCCAUGAAGGGCAAAACUCAGACACCUGAAGCCAUUCCUCAGCAAAUUUCUGAUAAUCAGCAAAUUAUGGGUGUUGAGAUCGUAGAUAAUCGACCAGAAAAUGAAACCAGAGCUGCUCCGGUCGAAGAUGUUGAAGAAGUACUUAUUGAUGACAGAGAUCCGAGCCGAAAAACGCAAAUCGGAACUAGAUUGAACCCAGAUGAAAAAGCAGAGCUCAUAACUUUUCUUCGAGCUAAUAAUGAUGUAUUCGCAUGGACUUCGGCAGAUAUGCCAGGAAUUCCAAAUUCAAUCUCUCAACAUAAGCUCAGCACCAAUCCAUUGAAAAAACCAGUGGCCCAGAAGCGGCGUCUCUUCGGGGGUGAGAGGCUUCAGGCUAUUAAAGAAGAAGCAAAUGGCAAAUGGCGAAUGUGUAUUGAUUACACAAAUCUUAACAACGCCUGCCCUAAUGAUUGCUAUCCAAUGCCGAGCAUUGACAAACUAGUUGAAGCGGCUUCAGGCAAUGAGAGGUUAAGCCUCUUGGACGCAUAUUCGGGGUAUCACCAGGUGCCAAUGGCUCUAGAAGACGAAGAGAAAACCGCAUUCUAUGCUGGCGAUGAAAUUUAUUGUUACGUCAUGAUGCCGUUCGGCUUAAAGAAUGCAGGUGCUACUUAUCAGAAAAUGGUAACCAUUGUCUUCCACGCCCAGAUUGGCAAAAACCUGGAGGUAUAUGUCGACGACAUUGUGGUAAAGAGCCUAAAAGCAGAAGACCUUCUCGACGACCUCGACGAAACCUUUAACAACCUCAGAAAGAACCGGAUGCGGUUGAACCCAGCCAAAUGUAUCUUCGGAGUGGAGUCUGGAAAAUUUCUAGGUUUCAUGGUGUCCCGAAGAAGGAUUGAGGUCAAUCCAGAGAAGAUCAGAGCAAUUGCUGAGAUGGAACCGCCGAAGCCAAUUAAAUAUAUACAGAGGUUGACUAGAAGGGUGGCAGCUCUGCAUCGAUUUAUCUCCAGAUCAGCAGAUAAGUGUUUACCAUUCUUCAAAAUUAUGAGAACUCUGGCUCACAAAGUCUUAAGACAAGGAUACUACUGGCCAGACAUGUACAAAGAUGCCACUUACUUUGUUCAGAAAUGUCCGAAGUGCCAAUUCUUUGCACAUUUGACUCACCAACCUGCGGAAGAACUCACAAGCUUGGUAGCACCAUGGCCAUUUGCACAGUGGGGACUAGACCUUUUGGGUCCAUUCGUGAAAGGGGUUGGAGGUGUUACCCAUCUGGUUGUUGGUGUGGAUUAUUUCACAAAGUGGGUUGAAGCUCGGCCCUUAUCUAGUCUUACCUCUAAGAAGGUCGAAGAUUUUGUUUUCAGCUUGAUCAUCUGCAGAUAUGGGAUCCCAAAUCAGAUCGUGGCCGAUAAUGGAACUCAAUUCAACUGCUCCUCUUUUCGAGAUUUCUGCUCUAGUUAUGGAAUCAAAUUACAGUUCACCUCCUUUUAUCAUCCAGAAUCCAACGGCAUGGUUGAAUCUGUUAACAAAUGCAUUUUGGAAGGUAUAAGGCCGAGAUUGGAGCAGCAUAAGGCCAAGUGGGCAGACGAGCUCAACAACGUCCUCUGGGCAUACAGAACCACGAGCCGAACUGCCACAGGUGAAACACCCUACCACCUGGCCUUUGGUACCGAAGCAGUCAUUCCUGUUGAAAUAGGAGUCCCAAGCUUCCAGGUCACCCAUUUUGAUGAAGAACGAAAUGGACAACUGCUUCGGGAAAACCUUGAUCUGCUUGCCGAACUUGCCCCAAAUUGGGAAGGUCCUUAUGCCGUGGCCGAAGUGCCACAUCCUGGUGCCUAUAUUCUCCAAGACGCUGAAGGAAAAAGAGUUCCUAGAGUCUGGAAUGUCAAUAAUUUGAAAAAAUUUUACCCCUGAUGAAAUUCUUCCAAGCAAUCUAUGUCUUACUGUUCUUUAUGCUUCUCACUCCGUGUUUGUUAAGAUUGAUUUUAUCUUUUUUUCAUGUAUCCGAGGUCAAUCAGUACUUACACCUCACUUCUGACUAAUAAAAGUCACUUCCCAUG